CUUGCAAAGAUAACGAUAAGACACAGUUUUGAACAUCAAAAAAUGUAUCCGCGAUUGAAUUUGCGAAGAGAAGUGCUUUUCCUGCUGUUUUAUACUAUUCUUUGCAAUUUGAAUAUGAUUGCUAUAGGAUCUAUGUGGGGUUACACAUCCGUGGCACUUCCGAUAUUGAGAAAAAACAACACAUCAUCGAUAACGUUGAACGAUACCGAGACGUUUUUAUUCCUUACUUUGACACUCAUCAACCAAAUUGUCGGCAGCCUUUUGUGCCUCGUUGCGAUGAAAUACGGAAGACGUUGCGCCAUGAUCUCGGCCAGUGUGACAAGUUUAGCAGGAUGGCUCUUGAUCGCGAGCAGCUAUAAUGUGAUACAACUCUUAGCCGGCAGGGUGCUAACAGGAAUGAGCUUUGGUCUUAGCUUAAGUCCCAGUACCGUUUAUAUAGGAGAAAUUGCUAUAUCAUCGUGGAAAGAAUGUCUCACAGCUGUCCCUAUCGCAAGUAUGUCAAUAGGAAUUUUUUACGUGUAUCUUCUUGGAUUUCUCAUACAGGACAGUUGGAAACUAAUAGCAAUAUUUUGCAUUAUUCCCUCAUUAUUGUUUGUGUUCUGCAUUUUUAUCAUUCCCGAAAGUCCCGGAUGGUUGCUGGUAAAAGGUCGAAAGGAGGCAGCCAGAAACGCCUUGCUACGUAUUCGCGGUUUACACCGGGAAACGAGAGAAUUCGAGGAGGAGUUUGCGAGACUGAUAAGCUACAUCGAGUCAAAAAAAAAUGAAAUGUUUCAACUAACCUGUCUAUCAACAGACGUCUCUUCGGCGAACAAAGAAUCAUCAUCAUCUUUGACUUCAAACGCAUGGAAUAAGUUGAAGAACAUCUGGACAAUAAUGCGCUUGCCAGAAGUAUGGAAACCACUGGUGAUACUGAAUGUUUACUUUUUAAUUAUGCAGUUUAACGGUAUGUACACCGUAAUAGUCUAUAGUGUCACUAUGGUUAUCAACGCCAAAAUUACGAUGGAUCCUCGUCUGGUCACCGUAAUAAUAGGACUCAUAAUGAUGAUAAUGUCAUUUGUUACCGUAGGUUGCAGCCCAAGAAUUGGUCGCCGAACCAUUUCCAUUGUCUCCAACGUCGGUAUGUCGAUUUCUAUGGGAGGUUUAGCAAUGUAUACACAAUUUUUUGAGAAAAUCAACAUUGGUGAAAUACCACUCGUUUGUAUUCUGAUUUUUACGAUAUUUGGAUCAUUUGGACUUAUGAUUCCCUGGGCAUUGAUAGGAGAAUUGUAUCCUACCAAAUACGUGGGCGUUCUUGGUCCCCUCACCAAUUUCUUUACCAUUUUGUGUACUGCUGUUAAUGUACAUAUAUAUCCAUUGAUGGUAAGGUGGAAUAAAGUUGCAACCAUUUUUUACUGUUACAGCGCUAUGUCUUUUCUAAUCGCUAUUUAUACAACAAUAUUGCCGGAAACACGAGGAAAGUCAAAAACACAAAUAGAAGAAAUUUUUAGAGGAAAACAAAAGAGUACAAAAUCGGAAUUUGAGAAUGCUUGUAAAACAAAUGAAGCUAUAGACACUACAACUUUAUAAAAAUCGAAUUAUGCAUCUUAGCACCUUUAGAAUGAU